AAGCAGCUCUCGUUCAUUUCAAAACUUCAAUCUCGAAGACAUCAAACAGUUUUCAGUUGCUCCUUCUUUCAUAGCAAUAGACAUGAAUUGUUGGUCAACGCAAGUCGUCCUCUUGGCUUUCGUGAUGGCUUUCGUCCUCGCUGCUGCAGAAGCCAAACGUGGCUGUGCCACUUUUGGCCACUCGUGCUAUGGGGGCAUGGGCAAACGCACCGAAAAUAACAAUGAAGAACUUCUUCAAGAUGUACAAAGUGAAGAAAAUCCAGCUUUUGUCUUCACUGGACCCAGAAGCGAAAACCAACAGAAACUAACUCCAGAGCAAUACGAUAACAUAUCACGGGUCAUCAGGCAAUGGAUACUAUCGUACAGGAGAGCUCAGGAAAUGCGCCCCGAUUAUAAUUAAAGAAAUCAGAACUGAGUUUUGUCGUCUCUAAGUCAAUGUUACAAACUGUAAAGGCUAUCUUCUUGUAGGUUGUAUUUUCAUUGUAUAUUUAAAGUUUAAAAAAUAAAGUGUCAUUGGCUGGAA